UCAAGAUGUAAACAUACACCCUCGUUUCAAAACAAAGUAUAUUUUUGCAACACACAAAAAUAAAACAAUAAUUAACACAAUACUGUCCCCAUAUGGGAAGGUUCUCUAAAAUAAUAGAAUAGAUAAGAAGAGGAUUAAAUAUUUCGGUAGUGGAACGAUAUACGCGCAGGAAAUUAUCAAAAGUUUUUGUGGUUAAUGUUACGAAUGAAAUCUUAUUUAAGAAUGAAUCUGAUGGGGAAAGUAUUGUAACUCAAUACAAUAGCAACGUGUGAAUAAUAAUCUAUCUAUUCUUGGCUCCCACCAUUCUCAUGCAGGACAACAAUUAAAAAAAUACAAAAACCGCAGCAGGACGUUUAGAAAAAAGGUCUUCAAAUAUAUUUCUAUUUUUAAUUCCAUCUUUGAUCACAGACAGGUGAUACUUGUUUUUGAAUCUCACUGAGCAGAUGCCAAAUUGUUGUAUAAUAUUAUCAGGUCACACAAGCAGCCAACCAUGUCCUCAAACUGCGCUUAGAAAAAAAAAUGUGCAUAUAUAUAUAAACAGUUAAUCAUUUACAUAGAUUACUCCGCUUUUAGCCUUGCUGCUUUCGCUUUGCUGCAAACAUGUUGAAACGAAUUGUGAUAUCCGUUUGUAGUCUUGUGAUAGCCAUUAGUGUUGUCGUUUUAAUUCGUACUUUUACCUUCAAUGUAAGAACUGACAUUAUUAUUCCCUGUCAGAAAAGAGAGGAACAUUCGAAGAUUGAUGUUGGAACAAAUCCACAAAUAGUAGAAAACUUUCGCCAAGCCCUAAGAUUUAAGACCAUCGCUUGGAGUCCUGGUGUUUAUGAAACUGAAGAACUAACCAAGUUACGUCUUUUUAUUGAGCAAACCUAUCCAACUAUCCACAAGUCACCAUUAGUAAAAUAUGAAGUUGUGGCUAAUUACAGCCUACUGUAUACAGUUGAAGGAAGUGAUAAAAAUCUUUCUCCCUAUCUGCUAGCAGCACAUUUAGAUGUAGUUCCUGUUACAGAAGAAAACUGGAAAUUUGAUCCUUUUGGAGCUGAACACUAUGAGGGUUACAUUUAUGGUAGGGGUGCCAUAGAUGUUAAACUUGGUGUUAUGGGUAUCUUGGAGGCUUUGGAGCAUGCUCUGAAAACAGGUUUUAAACCUAAAAGAUCUUUCUUUGUUGCAUUUGGACAUGAUGAAGAGGUUUUUGGGGAGGAUGGAGCACGUCAUAUAGGUCAGCUUCUUGAAAGACGAGGUGUUCAAUUGGAGUAUCUGUUUGACGAGGGUCUCAUGAUAAUCAAAAAUUUUUUAAAAGGUUUACAGCCUGUUGCCAUGAUUGGUGUUGUUGAAAAAGGUCAAGCAAUGGUGAAACUCUCUGUCAAUGGAACAGCUGGUCACUCAUCAGCUCCUCCGGCUGAAUCUGUCAUUGGCAUUUUGUCUGCUGCAAUAUGCAACAUUGAAGCAAACCCACAACCCGAUAUGUUUGGUACUGGAGCAGAACGAGCUAGUUUUGAACAUCUUGCACCCAAGUUGCCUCUCAUACCUCGUAUUUUACUGUCCAAUCUUUGGUUAUUCAGACCUGCUGUGUCAUGGUUUUUGUCUCGCAAAUCAUCAACAAAUGCUUUUGUCAGGACAGUAAGUGCUGUGACCAAAUUUAAUGCAGGAAUUAAGGAAAAUGUGCUUCCUGCAUCAGCUGAAGCGAUAGUUAAUCAUCGCAUCCAUCCUUCACAGACAGUUGAACAGGUAGUUGAAUAUGAUCGCAAAAUUAUCAAUGAUGAUAGGGUGAAAAUUACUCUCAAGGGUUCUUUAGAGCCUUCUGCUACUUCACCUUAUGAUGAUAAUAGUUUUGGUUACCACACAUUGAAAAACAGCAUCAGAGAAAUAUACACUGACGUAAUAGUUGUACCAGGACUAAUGUUUGCCAACACAGAUACUCGCCACUAUAAACAUUUGACGAAAAGUAUCUACCGAUUCAACCCUGCAUUUGUAACACCAGAGACUGCAAGUAUGGUUCAUGGAGAUAAUGAAAAAAUAUCAGUAUCAAAUUAUGAAAAAGCUAUCAACUUUUAUUAUCAUGUAAUUUUGAAUUCAAAUCACGAUAAAUUGGGUUCUAAGAAACAUACUGAGCUAUGAGAAAAAAAUAAUCCUUUGUUUUAUAAUAUACAAAUAUGCAAUUUGCAAUAUGCAUGUGAAAAUGCAUACAAAUAAAACAGUUGUCUUUUUUAAUAUAGAAUGUGUGUGAAAAGAAUUGUUUUGUUUUUUUUUUGUUUCAUUUUUUUAAAAUUCUAAUUUUAUAUUUGUUUAUCCUAUUAUCAUCAUUAUUGUUAUUAUUGGUUUUGAACUUUUCAUGUAUUCAGUCUUGUCAUAGAGUUAAAUCUUCUCACCAUUUCUUGCCAAUUCUGUGCCUUCACCUCUCUUCUCUUAUCCAUUGUGCCUAUUCUAUACACUCUCAUCUCCGUAUCAUCUCUUCCUCCAGUCACCUUACCAUGCUAAUCAUAAUUGAGAAGAAAAGCAUUCAAUCUAUGCUUAUAGAACACUCCCAACCCCAUUUCCUCUACCCAUAUCUUUAUACUCCUCCUGUCUUCUAUUUUUCCAGAUAAUGAUACUUGACUUGGGAAGGAUUAGACUUCAGUAGCCUUUACUCAUCCUCUCUGAUUCUUUUGUCACUACAUUCUUAGAAAUUUUACCUUGAGGAUACAUUUUGGUUCCUCAAUAUUAACAUAUAUCUCCUUCAUGCACCACUCUAGCCAUCAAUAUAUAAUGUUGGGUAGCAGAGCACCUCCUUCUACUCAACACACCCACUAUCCUUAUAACUUUCUCUCGCCCUCACUAACCUCCUGAUACUAGUUCUUCCAUUUCCCAAUUAUCAUGCUCUUCCCUAACAGUCUCAGUUUCUUCCCUAUCAGCCUCCAUCAACAAUAAUUCUAUGUAACUCCAAUAAGAACCAACUUGGAUCCUGAUCAACUAUCCAACAUAUGCAGUCAUGGAAAGUGCACCAAUCUACCCUGUGACAGGGUCCACCCACUCAAUUCACCCCAUAACUCUUACUAUUUUGUUUUCCCCUUUUACAUUAAACCCUGACAUUAUCCUUCACUAUCAUCCUUUCUCAAUAAAUCUUUUUCUUCUAUCAUA